AUCAAGGAAAUGAAUUGAACAGCCAAAUACAGAAAACCCCAACCGUACGCUUCGAGCUCGUGGACAAAAGCAAGUCAAGAGCGAGUGGCGGUAGCUUCGCUUCGAUAACAUCGAGAUCGAGGGCGCGGCGCUGUGGAGUGUAGAGGGAGUGAAGCUGUGCCUACUGCUCGAGUUUUUCGACGAACGGCGGCGGAGGAGAUCGGCGGAGAAAGCUGAAGAAUGGCGCUCCACUCGAGUUUCACAGCCUGUGCUUACGCGACUCCAGUUUCUCCGUCUCGGCAGCGGCAACGGCAACCUAUUAAUUUCCCUUACGUUUCGAGUAAUUCGAUAUCGUCUAGCCGUCAAUGCCGAGCCCUAGCUCUCCCGCGUUUCGACAUUUCUCCGUCAUUGAAGGCUACGUGUUCUCCUGUAUUAAUGGUUACGGCGCGUGCAACACCAGAGCCUCUUAGAGUCAUGAUAUCUGGCGCUCCUGCUUCGGGUAAAGGAACACAAUGUGAGCUUAUUACUCAGAAAUUUGAUUUGGUGCAUAUUGCUGCUGGAGAUUUACUUAGGGCAGAAGUCAAUAGUGGCAGCAAAAAUGGAAAGCUAGCAAAACAGUACAUGGAGAAAGGACAAUUAGUCCCCAAUGAAAUAGUUGUGUUGAUGGUGAAGGAGCGGCUGCUGCAGCCUGAUUCUCAGGAAAAAGGUUGGCUCUUGGAUGGUUAUCCUAGGAGUUAUUCUCAAGCAACCGCUCUUAAGGAACUUGGCUUUGAGCCUGAUCUUUUCAUUCUUCUUGAAGUCUCCGAAGAAUCUCUUGUUGAGAGAGUUGUUGGAAGAAGACUGGAUCCUGUUACUGGUAAGAUAUAUCACUUAAAGUAUUCUCCUCCUGACACUGAAGAGGUUGCUGCCAGACUUACACAGCGCUUUGAUGACACUGAAGAAAAGGUGAGGUUAAGAUUGCACACUCAUCACCAGAAUCUGGAGGAUGUUCUUUCAAUGUAUCAAGAUGUAACAGUUAAGGUGAAUGGAAAUGCGCCCAAAGCAGAAGUAUUUGAUCAAAUAGAUAGACUGCUAUCCGGACUUAUUGAGCAACGGAAGGCUGCUAUAAAAUCUCUGGCCGCAUAGAUAAUUGUGCAGCAUGGUUAGGUCCCUUUUAAGUGCGAGAUCACAUACUCAUUUAAUGGAAAUUUUUUUGUUAUCAUUUUUCCCCUUCCGGUGGGUGGGUAAGGUGGCCCUUAUCUAUUAUUUUUACAUUUUUACUAUGGCUUUGUACAGAAGCAAUGAAAAUGUGCAAAUAUCAUUAUGUAGUUAUGUGGUGGCUUGAGAUGCGAAAGCUUGAGAUGAGAAUAAACAGUACUGCAUUCACUUUCUUCGUACCCAAUGAAGCAAUAUCAGUGGAUUGAUUGAAUGAAUUGUAAUUUUAAGGAAGAGUGAUGAAUUUAUAGGAUCAAUAUUUGAUUUUCUCGA